CCCAGAACGGUGAGGUCGCAAGUUUCUCACAUUCGAGUCCUAACUUAACCAGUUUAGAAUGCUCAUUAAACUGAUAUUGGCGUUGGUAAUUGGUUAUGGCGGCAUUUUUGCGCCUGGCAGUGCACAAAAUCUGUUGGAUCGACUGCGUCCGGUGAAUAUGACCCGCUUCGAUGAUGGCAUUAAAGUCGUUUCCGGCACCAAAGUGAAGCGCUAUGAGCGCCUGACGGUUCCGCUGGGUGGUCCUGUCGGCAUUCCAGGAGCCGCUGGCCUUUUGGGACCUCUGCUGCCUCCUCAGCCGUCGUAUUUGGGAUACACCUAUCAGUUGGUGCCUCAAUGGCAGGCGGGUGCAAAACUGAUGGGCGAUGGCGAAGGAGCGGGCGUGGCCGGAAUGAUAUCCUUUGUGCAGCUGCCCUACAACUCGGACAUUAGGGUGACGAUCAAUGUGACUGGAUUGCCACCCGGUAAACAUGCCCUGCAUAUUCACACCUUUGGCGAUCUCAGCGAUGGUUGCAAGUCCACCGGUGGACAGUUUCCCAAUAACUUUCUCGGUAAUGUGGACACCAAGGAUGAUGGCAGCAUCUCGGCGGUCUUUCAGAGCAUUUACCUGCAAUUGUUUGGCAUCAAUGGGAUCGUUGGGCGUUCCAUAGUGAUACACAGCAAAGCAAUCGAUCUGAAUACUGCCCUAAAUGCAGAGGUAUUUUCCUCCUCCCUGCAAGCCAUGCCAAAUCCCCUGGCCUAUCAGAACGAGGAGAAUUCACUGGGUCCUGCCAUCGCCUGUGGGGUUAUAAGUAUUAUGAGCACAGCCGCCAGUUCAUCAGGUAUGGCAACAGCUGCACCAGCACCACCUGCAAUGGAAAAUCCAGAGAUUUAACUUGUAAUUAUAUCAUUCCUUUAAUAAAUAAUUUGUAGUUACUCAAUUGAGGCUUUGAUCAGAGUCAGUGAUCAGUGUCC